AUGUCGAAGACGUUCUUUGCCAACGUUAAGUCCGUACUGAGCGGCGACACUUUGAUCCUCACCAGCCCAAGCAACCCCUCGGCCGAGCGUACCUUCUCUCUCGCAUUCGUCCAUGCUCCGCGUCUAAGCAAGGAUGGCGACGAGCCCUUCGCCUUCCAGUCUAGGGACUUCUUGAGGAAUCUGACCGUUGGCAAGGCAAUCCAGUGCAAGAUCUUGUACACUGUGCCAACCUCCCAGCGAGAGUAUGGCACAGCUCAGCUGCAGGACGGUACUCAAUUCCCUGAUGCGCUGAUCGAGGCCGGAUGGUUGAAGGUUCGCGAAGACGCGGGUAAGAAGGAGGAGGACGAGGAGGUCCUGCAGCGGCUCGAGAAGCUCCGAGAACUCGAGACGAAAGCAAAGAGUGAGGGUAAGGGCCUGUGGGCUGGCACCGGUGGCAUGAUUGAAGUGCAGAACGACGCCCCCGGCCAGGAGUUCUUCAGCGAGUGGAAGGGCAAGACCGUCGAUGGCAUCAUUGAGCGAGUAUUCAGCGGCGACCGCCUGCUUGUUCGACUGCUGCUCUCGGAGAAAAAGCACCUGCAGACCAUGACGCUCAUUGCCGGCAUCCGCACCCCUGCGACCGAGAGGACGGUGCAGUCUACGGGCCAGACCCAGCCUGCCGAGGAAUACGGCAAUGAGGCUCGCUCUUUCGUCGAGACGAGGCUGCUUCAGAGGCAGGUUAAGAUCCAGAUCGUUGGAGCCAGUCCGCAGGGUCAGCUGAUUGCCACGGUUCUUCACCCGCGUGGAAAUAUUGCCGAAUUCCUCCUGCAAGACGGCCUCGCACGAUGCAAUGACUUCCACUCCACCCUUCUCGGCAACCAGAUGGCUGCGCUACGUGCUGCUGAGAAGAAGGCCCAGGGCGCUAAGCUGCGUCUCCACAAGCACCAUGUCUCCAAGGCUACUGAUGGGAAGGACCUCGAAAUGACCGUUUCCAAGAUCAUCGGCGCUGAUACAAUCAUUGUUCGAAACAAGGCCGGUGUCGAGAAGAGGCUCAACCUCAGCAGUGUCCGUGGCCCUCGCACCAACGAGGCAACAGAGGCACCAUUCAGGGACGAGGCGAAGGAGUUUCUGCGAAAGAAGAUCAUCGGCAAGCAUGUGCGCGUCACCAUUGACGGAUCCAAGGCUGCCACCGAGGAUUUCGAGGCCCGUGACGUAGCGACGGUGACCCAGGGUGGAAAGAACGUGGGCCUGCUGCUGGUCCAGGAGGGUCUCGCCUCUGUCAUCCGACAUCGCAAGGACGACACCGACAGGGCAUCGAACUACGACGAGCUUCUUGCCGCCCAGGAGACUGCGAAGGAGGAGAAGAAGGGCUUCUGGUCCGGAAAGCCCCCCAAGCGCAAGACCCUGGUCGACGCAUCCGAGAGUGUGCAGAAGGCGAAAAUACAGCUGGGUACUCUGCAGCGGCAACGCAAGAUCCCGGCUGUUGUCGACUUCUGCAAAUCCGGCUCUCGUUUCACGCUUCUGAUCCCCCGCGAGGGCGUCAAGCUGACCCUGGUCCUCGCUGGAAUCCGAGCUCCUCGAGCGGGCCGUACGCCACAGGAGCAGGGCGAGCCGUUCGGCAACGAGGCUCUUGAUCUUGCCAACAAGCGCUGCAACCAGCGAGACGUUGAGGUUGACAUUCACGAUAUCGACAAGGUGGGAGGCUUCAUUGGCGAUCUUUACAUCAACCGCGAGAGCUUUGCCAAGAUCCUGGUGGAGGAAGGUCUGGCGUCAGUGCACCAGUACUCUGCAGAGAAGUCCGGCAACGCCGCCGAGCUGAAUGCUGCAGAGAAGAGAGCAAAGGAGGCAAGGAAGGCGCUGUGGCAAGACUGGGACCCGUCACAGGAUGAGGAGGCCGAGGAGGAGACUGCACCAGCUGAGGCAGCAAACGAUUCUGCUCCGUCUAUUGACAAGAAGCCUGAGGACUACCGCAACAUUGUCAUCACCAACAUCGACGGCAAUGGCAAGCUGAAGAUCCAGGAGGUCGGCAAGGGCACAGCGGCUCUCGAGACAAUGAUGUCCGAGUUCAAGCGUUUCCACAUCGACCCGAAGAACAGCAAGUCCAUCGGAGACAACCCCAAGGCGGGCGACUUUGUUGCUGCCAAAUUCACCGAGGACGGCCAGUGGUAUCGGGCCCGCAUCCGGUCGAACGACCGUGCCGCCAAGGUGGCCGAGGUGGUCUACAUUGACUACGGCAACACGGAGAAGCAGCCCUGGGCGAAGCUGCGGCCGCUGGACCAGGCGCAGUUCACGACGCAGAAGCUCAAGGCGCAGGCCAUCGACGCGUCGCUGUCGUUUGUGCAGCUGCCGACGGCGCCGGACUACCUGCGGGACGCGACGGCGUUCAUCUACGAGGUCACGGAGGGCAAGCGGCUGGUGGGCAGCUUCGACUACGUCGACGCCAAGGAGGGCCUGAGCUACGUGACCAUCUACGACCCGUCGUCGUCGUCGGACGGGCCGGGCAUCACGGACUCGAUCAACAAGGAGGUGCUGGCCAGCGGCAACGGCAUGGUGCCGCGCAAGCUGAAGCGGUGGGAGCAGAGCAAGGUGUUCGAGCCGGUGCUCAAGAGCCUCAAGGAGGCCGAGAGCAAGGCCAAGGACGAGCGGCUGGGCAUCUGGGAGUACGGUGACCUCACUGAGGAUUAA